CUUAGUUUACAAGUUGUGCAACAAACUUGAUUUGAACAGAGGAAAAGAGAAAGAAAUUGGGAUCAUGGCAUCUCCUAAAUGUAAUGGUUCAGAAGCACAAGCAGGGCCUUGGAAGUUAGUGAUGGAGGAUGGAGGACCCAUCAAAUCUCCAGUCAAAGUGAAAUACACAAAGCUCUUCAUUAAUGGAGAGUUUGUGGAUUCAGUUUCAGGGAAAACAUUUGAGACAUUUGAUCCAAGAACAGAGGAAGUUAUAGCAAGUGUAUCAGAAGCCACCAAAGAAGAUGUUGAUUUGGCUGUCAAAGCAGCCAGGGCGGCCUUUGAUCAUGGUCCAUGGCCUCGCAUGCCUGGAUCUGAAAGAGGCCGCAUACUGAAUAAGUUUGCAGAUCUGAUUCAACAACAUUCAGAGCAACUUGCACUAUUGGAAUCAUGGGAUGGAGGAAAACCUCUGGAUCUUGUUAAAGCAUUUGACAUGCCAAAAUCAGUCAGUGUUCUCCAAUACUAUGCAGGGUAUGCUGAUAAAAUCCAUGGGAUGACAUUAAAGAUGAGUGGGCCAUACCAAGGAUAUACAUUGCAUGAACCAAUUGGAGUGUGUGGUCAGAUUAUACCCUGGAACUUUCCACUAUUUAUGUUUUUCACUAAGAUUGCUCCUGCUCUCACCUGUGGAUGCACACUAGUAGUCAAGCCUGCAGAGUUGACUCCUUUAACUGCACUCUACUGUGCUCAUUUAUCUGUAGAGGCUGGAAUACCUCCUGGUGUUCUUAAUGUGCUUCCUGGUUUUGGAGCAAUAACUGGUGCUGCCAUAAGCAGUCAUAUGGAUAUUGAUAAGGUUGCAUUUACAGGGUCAACUCAAGUGGGGAGAUUGAUAAUGGAAGCUGCAGCCAAGAGUAAUUUGAAGGCUGUGACAUUAGAGCUUGGUGGGAAAUCACCUUUAAUUAUCAUGGAUGAUUUUAAUAUUGAUGAAGCUGUAGAAAUUGCAAAUGCAGCCAUAUUCACAUGCAUGGGACAAAUAUGCAUAGCCGGGUCACGAGUAUUUGUUCAAGAAGGUGUUUAUGAUAAAUUUGUGAAGAAAAUAGCAGAAAGAGCAAAGAAGAUUGUAGUAGGUGACCCACUUAAGGGAGGAGUACAACAUGGCCCUCAGAUUAAUAAAAUUCAGUUUGAUAAAAUAUUGAAAUACAUUCAAUAUGGUAAGAUAGAUGGGGCCAAUUUAUUAAUUGGUGGUCAUUCCUUGGGUGAAAAGGGAUUUUACAUCGAGCCUACAAUUUUUAUUGAUGUUGAGGAUAAUAUGAGGAUUGCCAAAGAAGAAAUAUUUGGCCCAGUCAUGUCUAUUUUCAAGUUCAAAACUAUAGAAGAAGUAAUAGAAAGAGGAAACAAGACAAUCUAUGGUCUUGCAGCUGGGGUUUUGACUCAAAAUAUUAAUGUAGCUAAUAGAGUUGCAAGAUCUCUUCGUGCGGGAACUAUGUGGAUUAAUACUUUUCUUGUAGUUGAUAAUGAUUCCCCAUUUGGAGGAUACAAAUUGAGUGGAUUUGGAAGAGAGUAUGGACCUCACGGCCUUCAAAAUUAUCUACAAGUCAAGUCAGUUAUUACUCCUCUUCAUGAGUCUCCAUGGCUCUGAAGUCACCAUGGCUCUCCAUGGCUCUGAGAACCACCUUGCAUACUCCUCUUCAUGAGUCACCAUGGCUCUGAGAACCACCUUACAUCUAAUUUCUAUGUUAGGUUAUUUUCAUGACAUUUUUCCAUGGUUAUCAAUUCACUAAAAUAAAAUUCUACUAUGUAGUAAUAUGAUUCAAAAGUUUUAUAUUAUAAGGAUCACUUAUGGUGAUAUACAUAUAUUGUGUCUAUUGUAUUAAGAUAAUAUUACGAUGAACUAUAUAUUGAUCCAAUUUGAGGAUAUAUAUAGAUGAGA